UCGGAUCGUCAAGAUUCUGGCAACAUCUGAGUUUAGCGUAAACAUCGUUUUCGUGUUGCGGGAAGCUUUUUAAGACACCGUAAUGACUAAGGGUACCUCAUCGUUUGGUCUGCGCCACGUGAAGACACACACGCUGUGUCGGCGCUGUGGCAAGAGCAGCUACCACGUACAGAAGAAGAGAUGUGCCAGCUGCGGCUACCCCUGCCCUCGCAUGAGGAAAUACAGGUGGUCUGAGAAGGCCUGCCGUCGCCGCACCACGGGCACUGGUCGCAUGCGCCACCUCAAAGUCACCAUGAAGCGACUCAAGGGUGGUUAUGUUGAGCGCAAGCCCCGUUUCUUCGCGACGCGCGAGCCCGCCAAGCUCGCCGCCAUCAAGGAGGCCAGAGAGACAAAGAAAGCCGCCAAGAUCGCCGCAAGGACCCCUAAGUCUAAGCAGCCAAAGCAGACCAAGGCUGCUUCCAAAUAAAUGAAGUUCUGCUGGGU